AUGACUUUCUUCGUACCAAACACACGAGAUGAAUUUACUAAGCUGCAGGAUAAUGCUGAUCAGAAUGCUCCUGCUAAAGAGCCAAUACUGAAAGAAGAACCAAAGAACACUAUUCCAAAAACCAGUGAACAAACAGAAGCUAUAAGCCUUCCAAAAAGCAAUUCAGAAGAUGGAAAUACAACAAGUUCAUGCAAUAAAUCAGAUGAUCAAUCGAUAAACGAUAAGGAAUUCCCAGCCGGAGACGCUCCACUGCCUAAUAAUCCAGCCAGUGAACCACACGAGGAUCAAAAUACCACUUCAAUUGAUGAGCCAAAGAUCAAUAAUUCAAGAACCAUUGAACAAACAAGAGUUGAACCAGAUAACGACGACAACAACAACAACAGCAACAACAAUAACAAUAAUAAUAGUGCCUCAGUUCCAAACAAGUUGGGGUCGGCUAGUGAUUUGUUCGCAAAGCUGAAGAUGCGAAAGGAAGUGAUAAAUAUAACCCUAGUUGCUCUGUUGAUUCUUGGUGUCGGUCGCUAUGUCAUCAAUGUGAUGAAGUCUCCCAAGAAAGCUAAAGAAUGA